UUGCUAAAGCAUGGGAAAGGGUUUCCACAUCAGUAAAACUGUCGGGAUAGUAGGGAUUGUGUUAGGCGCUGGAGCGCUAGCCACAAUCAUCGCUCUCUCGGUGGUCUACUCCCAAGAGAAGUCCAAGAACGAGAAUGAGGUUCAACCCCCAGAUGCCACAACAUCAGCUCCAACAGCUACACCAUCCAAUGAACCAUGGGACCAGUGGCGCCUUCCUCAGACUCUUAGUCCACAAACCUACAAUGUCACUCUGUGGCCACGGCUCAAGCCAGAUCCAACCGGACUCUACAUCUUCACAGGGAUGUCCAGCGUGGCCUUCAGAUGUGAGGAAAAGACAAACCUCAUCCUCAUUCACUCUAAUAAGCUGAACAUGACAAAGCAACCCACCUUGACGGCACUUGGAAGCAAGCCAGCUCCUACCAUUGAAUCAAUUGUGAUGCACACAAAAACGCAGUAUAUGGCAAUUCAUCUGAAAGAUGAAUUAGCUGCUGGGGAAAGCUACGAGCUCUACACAGAAUUUAUAGGCGAGCUUGCAGAUGACUUGGGAGGCUUCUACCGAAGUGAAUACAAUGAGUCUGGAGUGAAGAAAGUGGUCGCCACAACCCAGAUGCAGCCAACAGACGCCAGGAAGGCUUUCCCUUGCUUUGAUGAACCUGCAAUGAAAGCGGUAUUCUACAUCACUCUUUACCAUGAUCCAGCAACCAUAGCCCUCUCCAAUGGUGUUGUGAUAGAUGAGGUUAACGUCACAGCGGAUGGCACUCUUGUAACCAGAACAACAUUUGCGCCCACAGAAGUCAUGUCGACAUAUUUGUUGGCAUUUAUUGUCAGCGAUUUCGGCUUCAUUGAACAAAACACUGAUAAACUGCAGAUCCGAAUUUUUGCCCGUCAAGAAGCCAUAAAUGCAGGACAAGGGGAGUAUGCACUCAAUGUGACUGGACCAAUUCUCAAAUUCUUUGAGAAAUAUUACAAUGUCCCCUAUCCGCUGCCCAAAUCAGAUCAAAUCGCUCUGCCAGACUUCAACGCUGGUGCAAUGGAAAACUGGGGCUUAAUCACAUACAGAGAGACAGCCUUGCUGUACGAUGAAGAAAUAUCCUCCAAUGGAAACAAAGAGAGUAUCGUUACUAUUAUUGCCCAUGAACUUGCCCAUCAGUGGUUUGGAAAUCUUGUGACUCUCAGGUGGUGGAAUGACCUGUGGCUCAAUGAAGGUUUUGCAUCUUAUGUAGAAUAUCUUGGAGCAGAUGAUGCUGAGCCGGAUUGGAAUGUUAAAGAUUUGAUCGUUCUUAAUGAUGUGCACCGAGUUUUCGCCAUAGAUGCAUUGGCCUCAUCUCACCCCUUGUCGUUUAAAGAAGAGGAGAUCCAAAGACCAGAGCAAAUCAACGAAGUGUUUGAUACGAUUUCCUACAGUAAGGGGGCGUCAGUACUUAGGAUGUUAUCGGAUUUUCUGACUGAGACAGUGUUUACCCAAGGCCUCCAGACUUACCUGGACUAUUUUAAAUUCAGCAACACAGUGUAUACAGACCUUUGGCACCAUCUUCAACUGGCUGUGAACGGCACCGGCACCAGUCUUCCCAAGUCUGUGCAAGAGAUUAUGGACCGCUGGGUUCUUCAAAUGGGCUUCCCCGUGGUCACUAUUAACACUACAACUGGCCAGAUCACACAGGAGCACUUCCUCCUGGACCCUGAAUCUAAACCAGACAGGACAUCAGAAUUUAAUUAUGAGUGGUUUGUACCAAUUUCAUGGACAAAGAAAGAAGUAGCACAACCCCUAUAUUGGCUGCUAAAGAAAACUGACCAAUUGAACGACAUGAAAAUAAGUGUUGAUGAAUGGGUUCUGGCCAACAUCAAUGUAACAGGAUACUACAGGGUUAACUAUGAUAAUGAUAACUGGCAACGCCUACUUAAUGCACUCCAGAAUUCAAGACAGAGCAUUCCAGUUAUUAACCGGGCGCAGUUAAUUGAUGAUGCUUUUAACUUGGCCAAAGCAGGAAUUAUUGAAACAACAUUGGCUCUAAGAACCACACUUUUCCUAAACUCUGAAACUGAGUACAUGCCGUGGGAGGCUGCUCUCGAUAACCUGGACUACUUUUACCUAAUGUUUGAUCGCACAGAGGUGUACGGCCCGAUGCAGACGUACGUUGGAAGACAGGUGCAAGAUUUGUUUGAUUACUUCACAAGGCUUACAAAUUGGGAAGAUGUGCCUAAAGGACAUACUGACCAAUACAAUCAGAUAAAUGCACUCAGAGUUGCCUGCAGCACUGGCAAUGAAGAUUGUAAGACUCUAAUCACAGGAUGGUUCGAACAGUUGAUGGCCAAUCCAAAUGUCAACCUUAUUAAGGCCAACUUGAGGUCCACAGUGUACUGCAGUGCCAUUGCAGCAGGUGGUGAGGAGGAGUGGAACUUUGCUUGGGAGAUGUUUGAAAAUGCUACUAUUGCUUCAGAGAAAGACAAGCUGAGAGCUGCAAUGGCAUGUGCCACUGAGCCCUGGUUACUGAACAGGUAUCUCAAAUACACUUUGGAUCCAGAAAAGAUUCGCAAACAAGAUGCCACCUCUACCAUCAUCAGCAUUGCAAGCAAUGUGGUCGGCCAACCGUUGGCCUGGGAUUUUGUUAGAGCCAACUGGGAGUACAUUUACAAACAGUAUGGAGGUGGAUCUUUCUCUUUCUCCAAUCUGAUCAAUGGCGUCACAAAGAGAUUCUCAACUCAAUUUGAAUUGCAACAGCUGAUACAGUUCAGAGAUGACAACACUCACAUAGGUUUCGGUUCAGGAACCCUUGCCAUUGAACAAUCCAUCGAGAGGACUAAUGCCAACAUCAAAUGGGUCGAAAAGAACCAAGAAGCAGUCUUAGAAUGGUUCAAAAAGCCAUCAUAACUCU